AUGAAAAAUAAUUUGAUUUCUUUUUUAGCUCAGUGUCAAGAUUUUCGAUCACCAUUCGGUACACUUCUUGAUUGCGAUAGUCAAACACCAAAUAAUUGUUCAGAUGAACAACGUCUGUUAUAUUUUUUAAUGAAAAAUUAUUCCAAUAGCGUUCGACCAGUACGAAAUGCCAGCUUGCCAGUUCCAGUUAAACUGGGUUUAACAUUAACUCAAAUAUUUGAUAUGGUUAAUAUUAAAGACUUAAAUUAUAAAAUAGGAAAAAAAACAAAAUAUUUUGCUAUUUUUCAGAUAGAAAAAAAUCAAAUAUUAAUCACUAAUGUAUGGCUUGAUCAAGAAUGGUUUGAUGAAUUUCUACAAUGGAAUCCAGAUGAUUUCAAUGGAAUUCGUCGUCUUAAUCUUCCGUCCAAACUUAUUUGGUUACCAGAUAUUGUUCUGUAUAAUAAUGCCGAUGAAUUUUCAAAUAGUAAUAUAAUGCAAGUAAACGCAAUGCUUAUUCAUAAUGGUAGUGUUUUUUGGCCAAUACCAACACGAUUCAAAAGUACAUGUCAAAUUGAUGUAACAUAUUUUCCAUAUGAUGAACAAGAAUGUAAACUUAAAUUUGGUAGUUGGACUUAUAAUGGAUAUCAAGUAUCAAUUGAAGAACGUAGUUAUGCAAUUGAAUUAUCCGGUUAUGUUCCAAAUGGUGAAUGGGAUUUAUUAGAUACAUCGUAUCAAGUUAAUAUUGUUCGAUAUCCAUGUUGUCCAGAACCAUUUCCAGAUAUAACGUUUUAUGUUCGUAUUCGACGACGUAUUUUAUAUUAUUUAUAUUCAGUUGUUUUUCCAUGUGUUAUGUUAUCAAUAUUAACAUUACUUGUAUUUUGUUUACCACCAGAAUCUGGUGAAAAAAUUGCUCUUGGUAUAACUGUUUUACUUGCGUUUAGUGUUUUUAUGUUAGCUAUUGCUGAAAAUAUGCCCGAAACAAGUGAAUAUAUUCCAUUAAUUAGUUUAUAUUUAACUGCAGUUAUGGCUAUGACAAGUGUAUCCGUAAUGAUGACUGUAUUCGUUCUUAAUCUUCAUUAUCGUGGUCCAAAGAAAAAUGAAAUACCAUUUUGGCUUCAACAAUUAUUAAGUUUAUCAUUAAGUAAUAUAUGUCGUACAUUUAAUAAGCCAAAAAAAAUCAAAAUAUCAUGUACAAGUAAACAACCAAAAAUACAUAAAAAAAAUAUUCAAAAUAAAAAUCAAGCUCAACAAACAGAAAAUCGUGUACCUGCUAAUGGAAUUGUAUUAUCUUAUGCGAAUGUCAAUGAAACGAAAAUAAAAUCAAGAGUAACAACAGAUGUAAGUAAAUAA